UAUAGCAAACACACAAAUUUCAAUUCCUCUGGUUGAUCUUGAUCCAACACUUAUCUAACCAUGGAUGAUGAUGUAGCUGCCCUGGUCGUGGACAAUGGGUCUGGUAUGGUGAAGGCCGGCUUUGCCGGAGAUGACGCUCCCCGAGCUGUCUUUCCUUCCAUUGUUGGACGACCCAAACAUCAAGGUGUCAUGGUCGGCAUGGGACAAAAAGACUCCUACGUCGGAGACGAAGUCCAAAGCAAGAGAGGUAUCCUCAGGCUGAAGUACCCCAUCGAGCAUGGAAUUGUCACCAACUGGGAUGAUAUGGAGAAGAUCUGGCAUCACACCUUCUACAACGAGCUGAGAGUUGCCCCAGAGGACCACCCCAUCCUGCUGACUGAAGCUCCCAUGAACCCCAAAGCCAACAGAGAGAAGAUGACCCAGAUCAUGUUUGAGACCUUCAACACACCCGCCAUGUACGUCGCUGUCCAGGCUGUCCUGUCCCUGUUCGCUUCUGGCCGAAGCACUGGUGUCGUCCUGGAUUCUGGAGAUGGUGUCUCUCACACAGUCCCUAUCUAUGAAGGUAAUGCCCUCCCCCACGCCAUCCUCCGUAUUGAUCUUGCUGGACGUGAUCUUACCGGAUAUCUUAUAAAGAUCCUGACCGAGAGAGGUUAUGCUUUUACCGCCCCCGUCGAGAGGGAAAUCGUCAUUGAUGUGAAGGAGAAGCUUUGCUACGUCGCCAUGGACUUUGAGCAGGAGAUGCAGAUUGCUGCCAGCUCCAGCUCUCUCAGGAAGUCCUACGAACUUCCUGACGGAAAUGUCAUCACUAUUGGAAACACUCGAUUCAGGUGCCCAGAGGCCCUCUUCCAGCCUUCAGUGCUCGGUAUGGAGUCUGACGGUAUAGACGUGACUUGCUACAACUCUAUCAUGAAGUGCGAUGUUGACAUCAGGAAGGAUUUGUACGCCAACAUUGUUCUCUCCGGAGGAAGCACCAUGUUCCCAGGAAUCGCUGACAGGAUGGAGAAGGAAAUCACCGCCCUGGCUCCACCCACCAUGAAGAUCAAGACCAUUGCUCCUCUAGAUAGAAAACACUCCGUCUGGAUUGGAGGAUCUAUCCUUGCUUCUAUGUCCACCUUCCAGCAGAUGUGGAUCUCCAAGGAGGAGUAUGAAGAAUCUGGACCCGGGAUUGUCCACAGGAAAUGCACCUAAGUCUAAGGACAGGCCGAA